CGGCCGCCUUGGCAGCAUGGACAGUCCAGUAAUGUAGGCGUGCCAACGUUCAUCAUGCUCAAGUCAUUCAUUUCGCAUCCACCAUUCCUGCAUAUCGUUUUUCCGCUUCACAUUGGUUGGUUGCUGGAUGUCCUCAUCUCGCGGGCAUCUUGUAACACGGUUCAUAAUUGCUUCGGGCAGUUUCUGCGAGCCUUUGAGCUGGCCAGGAGGACAUCAAGCCUGCCGGCUGCUGCCAUUCGACGGAUUAGUUGCAGUGCUUUCAGUAUGGCAGCGACUUCCAACUGCAGGCUCCUUAAGACUAGCGGUAUCUCAGAUGCGGAGGUCAUGUGCUCUAACUGGUAUUGUGUGGCAGGACCGUUGUCUGUCUGUCUGGCGAUGUAGGUGGUGACUAAUUGAACUGCAUUAGGCGUCCCAACCCUGAGGGGUGAUUAGUCG